CCACCCCCCCUCCUGGUCCCCAAGCCCCGGGCACGCGACGAGAUAUAAAGCAGUCCGGAAACAAUGCGCCUGCAGAUCGCGCUCCCGCGUCGAUCCCGGGAGCGUCCUGGCUGCUGUGUGCGAGCGAGGCGGGGGGAGCGCGCACGGGGGGCGCGCUCGUGAGUGCGGGGCCACGCGCUCGGUGGCGCGCAUGUGUGUGUGUGCGGGCUGCCGGGCUUCCCCGAGCCGGCGGGGAGCCGCUCCGCUCCAGGUGGCGGGCGGCGGGAGCGAGGGAGCGGACAUGGACUUCGACUCGUACCAGCACUAUUUCUACGACUAUGACUGCGGAGAGGAUUUCUACCGCUCCACGGCGCCCAGCGAGGACAUCUGGAAGAAAUUCGAGCUGGUGCCGUCGCCCCCCACGUCGCCUCCCUGGGGCUCCGGUCCCGGCGCCGGGGACCCAGCCUCUGGGAUUAGUCCCGGGGAGCCGUGGCCCGGAGGGGGUGCCGGGGACGAGGCGGAAUCUCGGGGCCACUCGAAAGCUUGGGGCAGGAAUUAUGCUUCCAUCAUCCGUCGUGACUGCAUGUGGAGCGGCUUCUCCGCCCGGGAAAGGCUGGAGAGAGUGGUGAGCGACAGGCUCGCCCCAGGCACGCCCCGGGGGACCCUGCCCAAAGCUCCGGCUAUCCCCGACGGUACUCCUGGUCUGGAAACCAGUAACCCGACGCCUGCCACCCCGUGUCAGCUGGGCGAGCCCAAGACCCAGGCCUGCUCCGGGUCCGAGAGCCCCAGCGACUCCGAAGGUGAAGAGAUCGACGUGGUGACGGUGGAGAAGAGGCGAUCCCUGGACAUCCGGAAGCCGGUCACCAUCACGGUGCGAGCAGACCCCCUGGACCCCUGCAUGAAACACUUCCACAUCUCCAUCCACCAACAGCAGCAUAACUAUGCUGCCCGUUUUCCUCCAGAAAGUUGCUCUCAAGAGGGGGCUCCAGAGAGGGGUCCCCAGGAAGAGGCUCUGGAGAUAGAAGCUCCCAAGGAAAAAGAGGAGGAGGAGGAGGAAGAAGAGGAGGAGGAAGAGAUUGUGAGCCCCCCACCUGUGGAAAGCGAAGCUCCCCAGUCCUGCCACCCCAAACCUGUCAGCUCCGAUACCGAGGAUGUGACCAAGAGGAAGAAUCAUAAUUUCUUGGAACGAAAAAGAAGGAAUGACCUCCGUUCACGGUUCCUGGCCCUGCGGGACCAGGUGCCCACCCUGGCCAGCUGCUCUAAGGCCCCCAAAGUCGUGAUCCUAAGCAAGGCGUUAGAAUACUUGCAGGCUCUGGUCGGGGCUGAAAAGAAGAUGGCUACAGAGAAAAGGCAGCUCCGGUGUCGGCAACAGCAACUGCAAAAAAGAAUCGCGUACCUCAGUGGCUACUAACCGACCAAAAAGCCUGACUUCUCUGUCUUUCAGACACAAGUUUAUUUUUUAACCUCUCUUUCCCUUUUAGUAAUUUGCACAUUUUGGUUAUGGUGGGGCCAGUCCAGACAGUAGACCCCAGAAUGCAUUGCAGCCAGUGCACACACAAUAAGGGCUUGCAUUCAUGGAAACCUCGAAACCCAACUCUCCCUCUUCCCCUGAUUCCUGGGAGUGCCGUCCUUCUCUGGCGCCUUUGGCUUCUCAGCAGGCAGCUGACUAAGGAGACUUGGGGUCUGCCUACCUCGCUAGCUAGCUCUGGGAGGAAAGGCUGACAGAUGCUAUGCAACAGGUGGUGGAUGAUGUCGAUGUCAGAGCUGCAGCCUGCAUGAAAUCUCACACUGUGCUGGAGCUUUAGUCUAGGAAAGGACGCUGCUCCCGCUGCUGUCUCUGGGGGAUGAUGCAAGGACAGCUGGGCCUGGAUGCUGUCCCUGAGGCUCUGUUUUCCAGGAGACAAGCGAGCUGUCCUGGGUGAAGACAAGCUCGCAGACUUGAUCAGCAUGGACCAUUACCUCACCGUCAGACACUUUACAGUAGCUGAGGAGUGGAAACCUUUAAGAUAUAUUAGAAUGUUAGGCCUCGCCCUUCCCUCCGCUCUCAAUGCUAUGGUUUUGAGAACUUUUAAAGGGCUUGGCCUGUAGAGUCUUUGUCUCAAGAGGUCUCUGGGCCUUUCAGAGAAGAACCUUUCUAUCCUCACAAGGGACUUUUUUGUUUCUUCCUGCCUUUGUUAUGCAAUGGGCACCUCAGCAUCCUUUCACGGGAGA